UUAUCUUGUAGGAUGCAGGGGGGUUACGGCCGCACCUGGCAACCCCGCAGCCCGUCCUGACCGCUGAAAAACUUGUUGUUGUCGGGGAAAAUGGCGUCAAACGUAGAAGCCCCGGAGCGCUGGUACCUCGCCCUACUCGGCUUCGCGGAGCAUUUCCGAACCUCCAGCCCUCCCAAAAUACGCCUGUGCGUGCAUUGUCUCCAGGCCGUGUUUCAGUUUAAGCCGCCACAGAGGAUUGAGGCCCGUACGCAUCUCCAACUGGGCUCGGUUCUCUACCACCACACCAAGAACAGCGAGCUGGCCCGCAGCCACCUGGAGAAGGCGUGGUUUAUUUCCCAGCAAGUCCCUCAAUUUGAAGAUGUCAAGUUUGAAGCUGCAAGCAUUUUAUCUGAACUAUUCUGCCAACAGAAUUUGGUGGACUCUGCAAAGCCUCUUUUGCGCAAGGCCAUCCAGAUUUCUCAACAAACACCAUAUUGGCACUGCAGGCUGCUGUUCCAGCUGGCGCAACUUCACACACUGGAGAAAGACUUGGUGUCGGCAUGCGACCUACUGGGCGUCGGAGCGGAGUACGCCCGCGUGGUGGGCUCAGAAUACACCAGGGCGUUGUUUCUCCUCAGUAAAGGAAUGCUACUGCUAAUGGAGAGGAAGCUAGGGGAGGUCCAUCCCCUGCUCACGCUGUGUGGUACCAUCGUAGAGAACUGGCAGGGAAACCCCAUCCAAAAGGAGUCCUUGAGGGUCUUCUUCUUGGUCUUGCAGGUCACACACUACUUGGACGCUGGACAGGUUAAGAGUGUUAAGCCGUGCCUGAAGCAGCUACAGCAGUGCAUCCAGACCAUUUCUACACUCCAUGACGAUGAGAUUCUGCCAAGCAACCCAGCUGACCUCUUCCACUGGCUACCUAAGGAGCACAUGUGUGUUCUUGUAUAUCUAGUGACUGUGAUGCACUCCAUGCAAGCGGGCUACCUGGAGAAAGCACAGAAGUACACAGACAAGGCUCUAAUGCAGCUAGAGAAACUAAAAAUGUUGGACUGCAGCCCGAUCCUUUCUACCUUUCAAGUCAUUUUACUGGAGCACAUUAUCAUGUGUAGGCUCGUCACAGGCCACAAGGCCACUGCGUUACAGGAGAUCUCACAGGUGUGUCAGCUUUGCCAACAGUCUCCCAGGUUAUUCACCAACCACGCUGCUCAGCUUCACACGCUAUUAGGCCUCUACUGUAUCUCAGUCAACUGUAUGGAUAAUGCAGAGGCACAGUUUACGACAGCGUUGCGGCUCACCACACACCAGGAACUAUGGACUUACAUUGUCACUAACCUGGCCAGCGUCUACAUCAGGGAAGGAAACCGACAUCAAGAGUUGUACAGCCUCCUAGAGAGAAUAAACCCAGACCACAACUUCCCAGUCAGCUCGCAUUGCUUACGCGCCGCUGCCUUCUACAUCCGGGGACUGCUCUCCUUCUUCCAAGGCCGCUACAACGAGGCAAAACGGUUCUUGAGAGAAACACUCAAGAUGUCCAAUGCUGAGGACCUGAACAGACUGACCGCCUGCUCGCUUGUUCUGCUGGGCCACAUCUUCUAUGUACUGGGCAACCACAGAGAAAGCAACAACAUGGUGGUCCCUGCCAUGCAGCUCGCCAGCAAGAUCCCCGACAUGUCCGUGCAGCUUUGGUCCUCUGCGUUGUUAAAGGAUUUGAACAAGGCGCUCGGCAACACCAUGGAUGCCCACGAAGCAGCCCAGAUGCACCAGAACUUCUCCCAGCAGCUUCUGCAGGACCACAUCGCAGCCUGCAGCCUUCCCGAGCACAAUCUCAUCAGCUGGACCGACGGCCCUCCUCCUGUCCAGAUCCAAGCCCAGAACGGCCCCACUACCAGCCUUGCAAGCCUGCUAUGAGGAGGACUUUGUAUGUAUGCGUGUGUGUGUGUGACUGAGUGCGUAUGCAUGUAGUUGGUACAUUGUCACAGGCAACCAAAUGACAUCUUAAAAGUUGCUAUCAUUUUAGUCCAGAUACAGUGGUACCGCGGUUUUAGUAGAAUUCGGUUUUAAGCCAACAUUUUCAUCAAGAAUGUCUGUUGUAGUUUGAAUAAACACAUGUUUUUACAUUCAGUCAUAUAGACAAAGCUCUAAUAUACAGUCAAAUUCCAAUCGAAGUCAACGAGACUCUGGUUUCCAGAGUGUCAGCGAAUGCACCACGCCUCUAUGGUAAGUUUAGCCAAACAAUCAAGAGUAUUAUGGCACUUACUGGCUGUCCUCUGUAGUUUGGUAGAGAGCCUCGUCUUGCACUAGUAGCUUCAUUGCAGAGGUGGAAUUUGUGGGCUCGAAGAGAGUUACAAGCGUUGCAGAGUCGCGACGGUGUGAUUGCAUGAGUUGACGUGGACAAAGUCGUGUGUUUUUGGCUACAAGACGAGUGACAUUACUUUGACAAAUAGGGUGAGGAACCACGUUGAGUUUCAGAAAGCAAAGUAAGGAGGUGGCGUUUGUGAGGCCAUCCCCUGCUACCUUCUCUCCCAUGCCACUCAUCGCCAACAAGAGUAAGUAGUUUUUAUCCAUUUCAUGCAUUUUUGUGUGUCUGGAACAUAUUAAUUGAGUUUGAGUUUGAGUUUAUUUCGAACAUGCAAGCAUACAACAUGAUACAUCACAAUUUCCAGUUUCUCUUUUCAACAUGUUCGAAAAGGAGUAGGAAGAAGCAGAGCUUAUUUAAUCCUACCCCUUUUCUUUACAUAACAGCUGCAAAACUUUUUGUUCACUUCCUGUUCACAAUUUAUUCACAAACUCCAUAAGUAAUCACGAUAAAAAUAAAUAAAUAAAUAAAUAAUAGUAAGAAUUCGAUAAUAAUUGAAUUUACAUUUGACUUUCAACCGAUCCUUUGCAAGAGAUUAAUAACCAAAACCAAGGUACCACUGUCGAUCAUAUUUCCUGGUUCACUGCUAUCACAUGAAUUUGCUGUUGAACAAUUACCACUACUGCUUGUCAAGUUUGGGCUGGACUCUGAGAACUUCUCCACUUCCACCAUUGAGACCCCUUCAUCUACAUUUUUGCCAGCUUCCUUUUCCAUUUCUCGGGAAAACCAGGUGACGGGUAGACAAGAGGGUAGUAAAGAUGUAGAAGUCAUUAAUUUAUUCAUGUCAAUAUUUUUGUAUCUGUUGUUAAAUAUUCGACCAUUCGACAAUUGUUUUGGUUUUGUUUGGAUGCAUUCGUUUCCAUGUAUGGAAGUUACUGAUGUGGACUCCUUGUACAUUACUUUCUGACCUGGGUUUGCGAAUAAGAUAUUCUGGGUAGAUAUUUUUUGCACAAAAUCCAUAUUAGAGAAGUAAAGACAUGUUGUAAUAUAUUUUUCACACAAUAAUCAGUUGAAAUGUCAUGAAAUGUUUUUUGCUAUUUUUUUUGGAGUGAAUGCAUUUCUAAAAAAAAACAACCAAGUGUUCAGUUUUCAUUAUCAAUCGUUUCGAUGUCUAAGUUGAGUUUUAUAAUAUUGUGUUGUGACACUUUUUUUUUUUUUUUUUUCAUAAUAUAUUAAAUUGAUGUAUUCAUUUUUACAAAGUUCAGGUGUUUUUCAGCUAACUGUAACCUCCAGGUAGUUGUUUUUUUUGUUUGUUUUUUUACAUUUUACAAAUCGGUCCCUGUUCUACUCCGUUGUUUCCUUGACAGUUUGUGUGUACAAAUUUGCCACUCAUUGAACAUUUUAUUGUACAGUGACAUUUUAUAAAAUUCAAUUUAGAAAAGUGUCAUGUAUUUUUAGCCCUAAUUAUGUAGAAUAAUCUCAAUGCUUCGUAUUUAAGGCACUGUUAUGGAUACAGUUUAAACUUGAGUACUAGUUGAACUCUAUUAAUAUCUACGUUUUUAUUGCUCAUGUUUUCAAUAA